AUCAAUCAGCAAAAAUAAAACCGUUUGAGUGUCGCGUCACAUGGGGGUGUAUUCAUUAGUCUAAUUCUGGUGCAAAACGUCUGCCAACAGGAUCUGAUUAAUAAAUACACCCCUGAAUUAGUUCUCUGAAUGUAUUUAGGUAAUUCAUUUUCCAAACCGACAGGGAGAGCCAGUCACAAAUCCAAUGAGGUAAUCUCUGUUUUUAUUAUUUCUUGGCUAAAGCGGAAGUUGGUCCGUCGCACAAUAGUCCGAUAAGAAUCAAGGAAAAAAGACCGGUGGAAAAUCUAUAGCAGUAAAGUACAGGCUAGCUACACCUGUCAAAUCUUGGGCCUUUCCCUUGUGCCCGAAAGCUGAGCCAGUCUGAGAGGUAACAACGCAACAACAACAUGGGACUACUGUCUGACCCAAACCGAAGACGAGCCCUGACCAAACUUCUCACCCGUCUCAAUGCACCAAUCUGUGUUAUGUGCUACCUGGCGGGUGUGGCAUGGUUCAUGGGCUUGGCCUUUGAGCCGUUCACCCUGCGCACCUACAUGUCAGAGAACGCCAUGGGCUCCACCAUGGUGGAGGAACGCUUCCCAGCAGGUGAGAGGGCUCUGGCCACCGGUAGGGAGUUUGCUGCUCACAAGAAGAAAGUAGGUGGGAUGCCGGUGGAUUGGCUGGUGAAGACCAUGCAGUCUCGAGGGCUGGAAGUGUUCACUCAGAGCUUCACCCGCAAGCUUCCCUUCCCAGAUGAAAACAAAGAGAGAUAUAUGGUGCGGGGCACUAACGUGUAUGGGAUCCUGCGGGCCCCCAGAGCCCCUCGUACUGAAGCCCUGGUGCUGAGUGCCCCCUGUAGUGAGGGAAACAAUAACAACCAGGCAGUGGGCCUUCUGCUGGGCCUCGCCCAGUACUUCAGGAGUCAGAUCCACUGGGCUAAGGACAUUAUCUUCCUGGUGAAUGAACAUGACCUGAUCGGCAUGCAGGCCUGGCUGGAGGGAUACCACCACACCAACACCACUGGUGGUGACUGGUCUCCACUGCAGGGAAGAGGUGGCUCCAUCCAGGCAGCUCUGUCUUUGGAGCUGAGCAGUGAUGUCAUCACCAGUCUGGACCUGGUUCUGGAGGGGCUCAACGGACAGCUGCCAAACCUGGACCUGGCCAACCUCUUCUACGCCUUCUGCCAGAAGAUAGGGGUCCUGUGUACCAUCCAGGGCAAGCUCCAGAGGAACGACUGGGACACUACAUCGGGCUACAGCCACGCGGCCCAGACCAUGAUGUUGAUGGUGCUGAAGCAGGCCAGUGGGCGACCCUGGGGGGACCACGGCCUGUUCCUCAGAUACCACAUAGAGGCCGCCUCCAUCAGGGGCAUCAACAGCUUCAGACAGUACAAGACAGACACCACCACCAUCGGCAGGCUCCUGGAGGGGAUGUACCGGAAGCUGAACAACCUCCUGGAGCGUCUGCACCAGUCCUACUUCUUCUACCUCAUGCCCUCGCUCUCUCGCUUCGUCUCCAUUGGUUACUACAUGCCCGCCUUCGGCCUGUUGGCUGUCAUUCUGCUGUUGCGCGCCUUAGACCUGUGGGUACAGCUAGGUGCUUCUCCACCAGGAACAGAGGAUGGGGUGGCUGGGGGAGUGCAGCCCUCCAGCCCAGGGGUCCUGUCUAUCCUGACUCCAGUAGUGAUCAGUCACAUGACAGGGGUGGCUCUGUACACCCUCCCUAUCCUCUCUCAGGAGAUGGCUGUGCAACACUUCCCUGUGUCUGAGACGGAAGCUGUGGUCCUCACUGCUAUAGCUAUCUACACCGCAGGGCUGGCCCUGCCACACAACACACACAGGCUUCUGCAAGGAGAGGGUACAGAGGAGGGCUGGAGAGUGCUGAAGCUGGUGGCUCUCCUCUACCUGGCUGUGUUACUGGGCUGCACUGCCCUUAUCAACUUCUCCCUGGGCUUCAUCUUGGCUCUAUCCCUGGUGCCCAUCGCUGCCUUCAUCACACCACAUACACCCAAGGCUCUAUCUGCAGCCAUCAUGGUGCUCCUGAGCCCCGGCUGCACUCUGCUCUACUGCGUCUUCCUCUUCCAGGAGCUGCAGGAGACUCCCGUCUCCCUGCAAGAUGGUUGGAUGCUCUUCCUGUCCGUCAUCUCCCAGGGCAUCCUGGACCACUCCCUCUACGGCUCAUUGGUCUAUCCGCUCCUGGCUCUGCUGAUCUACCCCUGUUGGUUGCUGCUCUGGAACAUUCUCUUCUGGAAGUAAACAACAGGUAACUGGGGGAAGACUGGUCCCAGACCAGCCUUUAUAUGGGAACUAUCUAUCUUGAGAGGUGAAACUGCUCCUAAACCUGCCUUUAUGGAAUAAAGGUGUUUCCCCAAGGAGUAGGCUGACUGACUUGCCUGGAAGGAAUAGGAAGUUGGCGGGGGGAGUGGUUAAGUGUAUUGGGUUGGGCUUGUCUGGCGGAAUUACAACUAAAAGGUUGUAUUGGGUUCAGGGCUCGUGUGCAUGGGACUGGUUUAUGGUACCUGAAGGAAUAAAUAAUGCACUGUUUUUUGGUUAUAUUAUUGGGCCUGAGUGAAUAUUCUAAGGGAUGAAACUGAACAAAAUAAAAUGUUAAAGAAGCAGUAUCCUUAAGCCAACCUCUUGGCAAUUGAAGCCCUCCAGAAAAUGUCCAUAAUCUACUAUAUGAACUAAGAAUUGUCUUUAAAUGUUAUUUUUUUUAUAUACUUUAUUUGAACCAUGUGUACAGACACUCAUUUAUAAAUGCUCAAAUAAAAACUUAACUCAAACUUGA